AUGAAUCCAGAUAUGCCUGUCCAUGUGCAAAGUAACUCAAAAAUUCCAUAUUGUUUCGUAGAUCUCAAAUAUGAAGACUUUGACAUCAUAAAGCCUUUAGGAAAAGGGGCCUAUAGUGAAGUAGUGUUGGCUAAGAACAAACUCACUGGACAUGAAUCAGCACUCAAAAUUGUGGACAAGAAUUUCCUCCUUAAAGAGAAAAAGAUGCAUCAUGCAUGUAUUGAGAGAGAAGUGCUGAGUAAUUUGAGACACAAAGGAAUCAUUAAACUGUUCAACGCAUUUGAAGAACAAGAUAAAUUAUAUUACUCGCUUGAGGUGUUAACUGAUGGUAAUUUGUUGGAAUACAUGAACAGGCAUGUUUUAAAUGAUUCAAUAAUAAAAUUCUAUGCAGCUGAAUUGUUGCUAAUUCUUGAGUAUUUGCACCAGAAUGGGUUGGUCCAUCGAGAUGUUAAGCCAGAGAAUAUUCUAUUGACCAAGGAUAAACAUUUAAAACUUAUUGAUUUUGGAACAGUAUUUGUUUAUGAUCAUACUAAAAUUGAUAUCGGAAAUAAACUAGAAGAUAUAAGAAUUUAAUAUCAAAAACAAAGGUCUCCCUCUUUAAAUGAUUUUGAGAAACCCACAAUUAAGUAUUGCAGAGAUUCUAGUUUUGUGGGCACAUCCGAAUACUUGUGUCCUGAACUAGUUGAUUACAAUGUAAUUGGUCCAUAAGCUGAUUUAUGGGCUUUAGGAUGUUUCAUUUAUCAAUUAUAUACAAAUAAAACUCCAUUCUAUUCAGAAAAUGAAUUUGAAUUGUUUAAUAACAUAAGUCAAUGUUCAUGGUCACAAGAAUAAAGCAUACCCAAUGAUGCCUUGGAUCUCAUCAAGAUUUUACUCGAUAAGGAUCCUUCAAAGAGAUUUCAUGGAGAGUUUAAUGAUUGUCAGUAUAAUUAUGAUAAUCUCAAGUAACAUCAAUUCUUUAGAGGAAUUAAUUUUAAAUAGAUGUGGUUGUAAGAUGUCCCUUUUCUAAAUACAGCCACCAUAUAUAAAAGAAAGGUGAGUAGAAUUCAAACAACCCUUGUUGAAAACAACUUAACCUCUCGGGAUAAAUUUGAUGUUAGAGGAAUUUCUGUAACCAAACACAAGGCAGAUUCCAUAAUCAUAUCAGGCCAAUUAGAUAAGGAACAUGGAGUUCUGUUUAUGACUCAGUUCUCUCUUAGAUAUGCCAGCAUUGUAUGCUAAGAUGGGGUUGCAAAUUUUAUCUAUACUAAUCCUUAAUUAAACAAUAAAAAGAGAAUUAUACCCUUAAAUUAAUUUACUUCAUGCAAAUUGUUAGGGAAAGGGAAAUUCAUUGUUGGCGAUAGAAAUAAAAAGAAAUACAUUUUCAAAUAGAGAGAAAAUAACGUACCAGCUCAACAAUGGGUUAAUUUAAUUAACAAAUAUAUCAAAUCUAAUCAUUAUUGAUUGGAAUUUAUUUUAUACAUAACAAA